CCGAACUAUUUGUGAAUUAUUUCAUUAUAUUACUGCUUUAGUGCAAUGAUGAGCAGAAGCAACGUUCCCAUAGGCCAUUUGAUUUGAAGCCGGCCGGCGGCCGGCAAUAUAAUAUAUCCUGCCGGUUCGAGUAGAAGACUGUUUGUCGAACUCUUUGGCUGAUUUGUCUCUCCUACUGUUCGAUUUCUUCGCCCCUCUGAUUUUUGUGUUUGUUGAGAUGUGAUGUUUCCGGCGGCCGCGUUAUACCUUUCGCUUUGAGGGGAAAGGCUAAGCUGCCGCACUUAAAUGUCUCACUUUCUACAGAUAAAUAAUAUAGGUCAUCACAAAAUAAAACAAAAGGCAAUAACAAGAUAAAAUGGAACACAAUUCUUUUGCUUGGAUGUAUCUGGGGCUGGCUAUUUGGUUCGGGGUUUUUUGUUUUACCCGAAAUCGGACCGUAUAACCCGGACCGAGACCGGAUAGUAAACAAUCCAAUCCAAUUUUUGGGCUUAGAUUUGAGGUAAAAAACAGUUCGGGACCGGAUCAAAAAUUGGAUAAAGACCGAAAAAGAGAGUCCAACACCCAAAAUUUAAGAGUAAUUAGCAUAAACGGUCACAAACAUUUGCACUUAGUACAAAACUUAACCAACUCCUCAGUCCUCACCCUUUCAGGCCUUAGGCCACUCAAAUCCACACAAGCUCAAUAUAAAAUCAAGACCGAAUUGGGACCGGACCGGGUCAAGACCGGAUCGGAUCAAGACCAGACUGUAUCAAAUCCAAUCUUUGGUCCUUAUAUUUUCGAAAAGACCGAACUGGACCGGAUCAAUUUGGGCCAAUUUAACCGGACCGGACCGUAUAGGUAGCCACCCCUAGAUCCCUAGAUGUAUCCAUUAUUUCUCCAAAAAUCUGAAGCAAAUUUUUUAACUGAACGAACUUCUUUUUGUUGAAAAGCAUAUAUAUAUCCCGUCACAAAUCAACUUGUAUCAAUAAUUCAAAUUGUUGGUAGAGCCUCAUAUAUGAUACUUAACCAUUUCUUUAGACGCCCCCUAAAAUAAAAGUCAAUUAAUGGCUUGAAAUUUGCACAGGUCCAACCAUAUCAUGUGCUUUAAGACAACAGUUAUAUUGGAGGUUGUGAAAACCUGAACAGUAUACUUGAGCUCAACUACAAAUCAACUCUUAUAACAUAUCAUAAAUUAAUUAACGAUUUUCAGAAACUCGAGUUACUAGAAGAGUUCAAUGUAUGGUAUUAACCACAUCCUUAUACCCAUCGAUUUCAAUUACAGUGAAAUAAUACAUCCAAGUGAUGGAAUCAUAUAAUGCUUCUGGAGCAACAGAGACAGAGCCAAAGAUCCAGAAAGACUUUUACCAUAUUGGGCUCUCAUAUACAUCCAACCACGACCUCUGCACAUUUUUUUUUCCAACUAUAAAAAAAAAAACCCAUCAUCACUCAUCAGCAUUCAACUAAAGGAAGAGGAAACAAACAAUCUACAGAUAGGGAAAUAAAGAGAGUCUAAGAAUUCCUACAUACCCUUCAUCAUCAAAAUUGAUCGCCAUAUGUGGAGGCAGCAGCAGCUGCUCAUCCCCUCCAAAUUACGAGCGGCGGCAGCCGUUUUUGCAGCCUUGGUGAUAACAAUGGCACGUCCCUCGACCCAGGAUCACCGGACGGUGUACGUUCAAAAUGAGCUGAGCGGCAAGAAGGUGAUAGUGCGUUGUCAAUCCAAAGACGACAGUAUUGGAUCCCACGUCGUCGACGUAGGCUCCGAUCUGCGCUGGGGUUUCGGCGGAACGGACAGCACAGUCUUUUGGUGCAAUCUGGCGGUGGAAGAUCGACGCCUUUCUUUCGAGGCAUUUAAUGGGAUGGAUGGCUGCAUUUGUUGUCGUGAUAUUACCUGGGUGGUGAAGGAUGAUGGGGUUCAUCUACUGACAUCGGGCGACGAAGAAUUCCGGCCAUAUCGACGGCGUUGGAACCAUCUAUAGCUCUAACAUCCAUACUUUGAGUUGAUAUGAUUUAAAUCGGAUUAUAGGGGUGGUUAUAAGGUCCGGUCCGGUUAAAUUAGAUCUGAUCCCGGUCCGGUUUUUUCGAGAAUACGAGGAUCGAAGAUUGGAUUGGAUAUAGUCCGAUUUUGACCCUGUCCGGUCCCAAUCCGGUCUUGAUUUUAGAUUGAGCUUGUGGGGGGUUUGAGUGGGCUGAGGCCUAAAAGAGUGAAGAAUUGGUUAAGUUUUGGGUGUUGGACUCUCUUAUCCAGUUUUUAUCCGGUUUUCAGUCCGGUCCUGAACAAUUUUUUACCUCAAAUCUAAGACUGAAAACUGAAUUAGAUUGUUUAAUAUCUCAUCCCGAUCCGGUCUCGGUCCGGGUUAUACAUUUCGGUUUGAGGGUAAAAUGCCGAUCUCUUUUGGUUUGAGGGUCGCCAUGUUGGGAUCCAAUGCCGAUCUCUUUCGUUUGAGCGUGGCCCUGUUCGGAUUCAUCAGUAGUGCUGCUGAUCUCUUGACAGACAGAGGAAUUUUUAUACGCACUCAGGGCGUUAUGUAGUGCUUCGUCAUUAUUCCCUGCAUCACCGGCAGGAGCCAGGAGGGACUCUCUACCCCACCUCGACAGCCCACUUUUUAAAAAAAAUUUAAUUAUUAAAUAAAUAAAUAAUGUAAUUACUUCUCUACUUUUCAUUAAAUGAAAUUAAUUGAAACCAUAGAUUAACAUCUAGUUUGAUAUAAAUGAAUUUCACAAGUUUUGAUAAAUUCAUUUUGAAAUAAAAACUUUUUGUGUUUGGUAUUUAAAAGAAUUCAUUUUCAAUUCUAAAAUUUGAAUUCUACGGAAUGAGAACUAGUUAUAGCAAUUUCGAGGAAUUGAGAUGAAAUUUUCAAAUGAAUUCCACAAAUAUUUACUAAUUAUAAUAAAAUGACAUAAUUAUCCUCAUUUAUUAACUAAAUUACUUCUACAUAUAUUAUUUGAGACCAACUCAUGCAGUAUGAGGAACAUCGACAAGAAUUUGAUUGCAAUUCUAGUAGCAUAUGUUGGUUAUUUGAUAUUUCUGCUUCGGUUGUAUCAUUUCGUUGAGAAACCACAACUAGAGUGUAGGGUUCAUCGACAAAAUAUUAGAAAAGAACUAAUAAAUAGAAUGGAAACACAUAAGAUCACUUUUGAUAUAUUCUACUUAUGGGACCAAAGGCGUUUUUUAGAAGAUAGAUUUCAAUGAAUAUUGUUUCUGUCGGAAUAUAAUCAAAGUGUAGUU